AUGCGGUACUUACGUCUUCGCUUACGCUCCUCAAUCUUGUUGAGUAUAACAAUAUUCGUUAUUGUCUUUAUUACACUACACAUAUUAAUAUGGUCAACAAAUGAGUUUGAAUUACUCGAAAAAACUCCAGAAUCUGUUCCUAAACCACCCGUGGCUAUAUCAUUUCUGUCAGCUCUCGAUCAACCAAAUAUUUAUGAUUUAAAAGCAUCACAAUCACAUAAAUUAAAUAAACAUUCAUCAUAUAUAACUUCUCAUCGUAUUCAUGAACUUUUUCAAUUAGUACGUACUACUCGAAAUAAUCAACUAAAAUCAAAUUCUAUUAAUUCAACAUGGAAUUUUGGCAAGUUUAUUCCAAAAAAAUUACCAACACAUAAUAAUAAUACAAAGACGAAUGUCGAUACAGUUGAUUCAGUCACUAUGAAAGAAAAAAAUCAUAAACUUCAAUUUAAUAUAACAACAACAGCUAAAAUUAUGAAUGAACAAGAUAAAAUACAACUAAGACAUUUCAUACAUCAUACAUUAACAAAAUGGAAAGCAGAUCAUGAAAAUGAUAAAUAUGUAAAUUUAGCUGAUAUUAUGCAUGAUGGACUUGCACAAGAUGAACCAGAAUUAAAUACGACAUGGUUUAAAUAUAUCAAAACGGUGACUAAUUCUCAUGUAUAUAAUCCCAAUACUCCAGAAUUCAAACAUCUUUUAAAUCAUUUACAAAAUGGUAAAAUCUCUGAAGCAAGUGAAAUGUCUCAAGGCACCCAAAUUAAAGUUAUUCUCAAUCUACCUAAUGGUUUUCAAGGAUUAUUAAAACCUUACAGGGUGCCGCGUAAUUAUCAAACACAACCAGAUCAUUUUUAUUUUAGUGAUAUUGAAAGACAUCAUGCUGAAAUAGCAGCAUUUCAUGUAGAUAAAGUACUUGGUUUUAAUCGUGUUCCUCCUCUGAUUGGACGAUUAUUGAACAUAACCAGUGAUCAAUUAGAAGGUUCCGUUCAAGUUCUAUUACCAAGACCGCCAGAAGUUGAUUGGCAAAAAAUUUCUCAUCCAUAUCGUCGAUCAUAUAGUGCAACUCGUACUGCUCAAUGGGAAACAAAUGAAAAUUAUUGUUAUGAACAUGUUAUGAUAGAUGAAGAUUAUCAUAAUCGUUUAUUACUUGAUAUGAUGGAUUUAGCUGCAUUUGAUUUUUUAAUUGGCAAUUUAGAUCGCCAUCAUAUGAUGCGUAUUAGUGCAUUUGGUAUUAAUACAGCUUUGGUGCAUUUAGACAAUGGUCGUAGUUUUGGACGAUAUGAUGCUGAUGAUUUAUCGAUUUUAGCACCUAUUAGACAAUGUUGCUUUUUUCGUUAUUCGACAUUUGCUCGAUUAUAUCGUGUUUAUAAUAAAGGUCUUUCAAAAUUAGUAUCAGAUUCUUUAAAUACUACUGAAUUAUUACAAAUGAUUCUUGUUAACGAACAUCUCAUUGCAAUUGAUCGACGUUUAGAAAUACUUUUUUCACAAAUUGAUAUUUGUAUUAAAACUUAUACAGUACAAGGUGUUAUGAUAGAUGAUGGCAUUGAUUAA